AUGUAUAUUAAAGCAGAUUGUAAGAAAUUGGGUCCCAAUCCAAAUUUGGAACAAGAACAAAAACCAUUACAUGAAAGAGUUCGAGAUCAUAGAAAUAAUUUUCAUUCAAAAUUACAACAAUUACCAAGAGUAAUGACACCAAGUGGAAUUAAAGAAGAAUUAGAUAAAUAUCAAACAAAUUUAAAUUCGCCAUAUAAUGAUAAAAAAUAUCAUGUAUUACAUGGUGAUUCAAAUUUAUCAUCAUUAAAAUUUUUACAUAAACCACAACGUGUUGCACAUUUAAAUGAAGAUAGAUUUCCUGAAGAAGAAUUACAAAGAAAUACUGAUAUGAAUAAAAAAUUAACAACAAGUAAUGGAUUACCUGAAUUGUCACCAAAUUCUGUUGUUGAAGAAAGAAAUAUUCAAUCAAUUAAUUAUAUUUUUAAUAAUACUUCAAAUGAAAGUAUAAUACCAUUUCCAACACCUGUAUAUAAAAAAUCCGGGGAAUUAGUUAAAAGUUCUUUGAAGAAAAGAUCAAAAUCUUUACCUGCAACACCUUUGGUUUCAAGUCAUUAUGAUGAUGAUGAUGAUGAUAUUGGUGAAAAUCCUUUAUUAUUAGCAAGAAGUAAAAGUGUUCAUUUUGAUCAUAAGACACCUGUAAAAUAUUUCAGUAAAGAUGAAAGUCCAAUUAAUGUAAAUACAACAAAUGAACAAAAUAAUAUUUUAAAUUUUAUUCAUAAACCUGUAAAUCUAAUGGAUUCGGAACUUGGUGUUGAAGAUGAUAAUGGUUUAUUGUCAGGUUUAAAAAAUAUGGGUCUUAGAGAUAGAUUUAUUAGUUUAGAUAAUCUAUCAAAUAAAAAGAACGGUAAUAAUGAACCAAAAAAAUUACGUAAAAGUAGACGAUUUCAAAAAUCUAUUGAAAAAGAAAAUGAAAGUGAAAAUGAAAAUAUAUCAAAUACUUCAAAACUAUCAACAACCAGAAAUAUUAUUAGUAAACCAAUUUCAAAUCCAUUUACAAUAUCAUCAGUAAGUCAGGAAUUUAACAAUUCUGUUGAAGAAUUAAAUAAAAAAGCUAAAGAAGAAGCAAAUGCCAAAAAUUUAAUUAAUUCAACUACUGAAGCUAAAAAUAAAAAGAAGGCAAUUGUUAGAUCAGGACGUUCACAAAAAGUUGUUGGAUUAUAUAAUGAAAAUUUUCCAAUAUUAAGCAAUAAAAAUCCUAAAUCAUUAAAAUUAAACAUAUUCAUUAACUUAUCAAGAGGUAAAAAAUGUUUUUUACAAGAAUUAACAUUACAUAUUCAAACACGACAAAAUUUAUCAAAUGGUAUUACCCAAACUGAACCACAUAAUACAAUAUCGCGAUAUAUUAUCGGUAAAGUUCUUGUUAAAAAUAUUUACUAUGAUAAAAGAAUUAUUAUUAGAUAUACAUGGGAUAAAUGGAAAACAGUAAGUGAAGUUGAAGCAAUUUGGUUAAGUAAUAGUGAUUCAAUUUUGCCUGGUACAGAUAUGGAUAUUUUCCAUUUUUUAAUUGAUGAUAAUGCAAGAAAUGAGUAUAAUAUUGGUAAAUUAGAAUUUUGUAUACAAUAUACUACAAGAAAUGAUACAAUCAGAGAAGAAUAUUGGGAUAAUAAUGAUGAUCAAAAUUAUAAAGUUGAUGUUGUAUUAAAAGGUUUUAAUAAUCCAUUCAGUUUAUGA